AUGAUUGACUAUGGAGUCAAGGCUGGGCAACCGAACUGGUAUCUGGCGUUUCAGCUCACCGGCAGCGUUUUUCCAAGAUGCUUUAUGGUGGUUUUUCCUCUGGCCCUGCUGGCAGUGGGACUGAAGCUUCUGCACCAGCACGAGGUUUUCGGAAAGGGCAAGGAGGACAUCGUCGCAGGCUUCUAUUUCCUUCUGGACGGAAAUCCUUGGAGUGGCUUCAGCGGCUUUGUCACCUUCGUCAUCGUUUUCCGACUAUCCGCUGCUUAUUCGACAUACUGGGCCGCCUACACCACGACGAAUGGCUUCCUUGGAGACUGGUCCGGUGCUGCAGCCUCCGCUGUGGCCUUCUGCCGUGGCACCGGGGCCAGUGAUGCGGAAGUGGAGGCCUUCCUGCAGAAAGUGAUCCGCCUCUUCAGCAUGCUCAGUGCCUGCGCCUUGCAGGAGCUGUCUCCAAGGAAGUCGCAUCAAGUAUGGGGAUUGCUCACACUGAAUUCCGGCGGCAUUGACAAGACCUCCUUGGCCACACUGGACGGCAGUAGCCAGCGCGUGGACCUUUGCUACCAUUGGAUCCAGCAGCUCAUUGUGGACAGUCAGCGCUCCGGGCUCCUUUCUGCACCAGCGCCGAUGGUUUCCGGAAUGCUUGCUGAGCUGUCUUCGGGAAUGAGCAAGUUCGGCGAUGCCAAGAAGCAUGCAACAACGCAGUUCAACUUCCCCUACGCGCAGACUUGCAAGUGGCUUCUGGUCCUGUACUCUCUCCUGAUGCCCAUGAUGAUGGUGCAGUGGUCCGACUGGAUCUCGGGUGCCUUCAUCUUCACCUUUGUGCAGCUCUUUUUCAUUUGGACCCUCGAGGCCAUCACGAUUAUCCUCGAGAAUCCUUUCGACACGUCGGAUCCCAACUGCAUCGACGUCUUCCAGCUUCAGCUGGGCAUGAACGGCUCCCUGCUUCUCCUGAUGAACCCCCGCACCCGAAGCGGGCCACCGGAUCUUGCGGAGAAGUCAAUGAGCGGAGACAAAGAGCUGGACUUCGACACGCUCCAGAUGCGAGACACUCCGCACAAAGCCAUCCUGAAGAAAGAAGGUUGGAUAUUGACCGACGAGACGGAGCUCAAAGGCACUUCCCAGUACUUCGACAUCGAGACGGGGCAUGGCGGCAAGAAGUGCUGCACUUGCUGCUGCCACGGCCCAGAGCUUCCGAAGGAGAUCGCCCGGUCAGCCACGUACUGUACCACGCGCUAUGGCAUUAUCGACGACAAAAAGACGGCGGUCAUCGCCAUAGGAAUCUUUGGCGACGAGUUGGUUGUGGCUGUGCCUCCAACUAGCUUCGGAUUAUCGAAGUCGGCGAAGAUCACAGUGCAGACGGUGUCUGGUCGAAGCACCAAAGUGGGCGUCAAGAAGAUUUCCAUCCAGGACCGCCACAAGCUACACAAGCAUCACGAGUGGCACUCGGAUGACUUCGAGGAUUUCGCUUUCGAAUUCCAGGACCUACCUGCAGCGGUCUACGCCGCCGGGCCAGCGAUUCUGAGCCUCCGUGUUUCCCCAGUGAGGCGCCAAGAGGAGAUCGCCGUGCAGAAACGGAUCGAUGAAGCCAAGAUGGCCGACAAGCAAGGCCUUGGCAUUGAUCAGAUCAACCACCUCCAGAACUUCGAGGACUUCACGGAAGCCUUGAUGAAGGAGUGCGGCCUCACCGAAGAUGAAGCUGCUCUGGAGUGGAACCGCCGGAAGAAUAAGCCGACGGAGUUCGACCACGAGCAGGACCCAGAGGGGCGGCUGAUGAUCGAACUCGACAUCAAGCUUUUCAAGGCGCACCUGGCCGAGACAAAGCAGAAGGAGAAGGAACAAGCCAAGAGGCUCCAAGCUGCGAGGGAUCAGAUCCAGACUGCGUCAUGCUCCGGACACAUCGACAAGCUCGAAAAGGCGAUUCAAGUAGCAGAGGUCGACACCAGCAUGACAGACGAGGAACUGAACGAGUUCCGCCAGCUUCUUCAGGCCUGGCGCGAUGCCGAUGCGGCGCUUUCCGAAGCUCUGCAGUCCCGGCGAAAGCCGAUGGUUCGUGCAGCUUUAGAUUUGGCCGAGAAGGCCAAGCUGAACAACGACAAGUGCUCAAAGGGCCGCAGCCUCUGGCAAGACCUUGUGGUCGAGGAUGCGCAACUCGAGCUCAGCACGGCCAUGGGCGUCGGAGAGAUUGAGAACCUUCGCGCGACCAUCGACAAAGCCAGAGCCGACAUGGAGGGCAUCUCGGAGAAAGGCUUGAAGGAGGCGCAGCAGCAGCUGGAGAGCUGGCAGACGGCCGAGGAAGCACUGAAGAAGGCAUGCGAGGGCAAGGGGCCCCAAGAGCUGAAGUCCGCCGUGGAUGCUGCCGCUCAUGUGGGACUUAGAAGUUCAACGGUUGCCUUAGCGCGACAACUGCUUGCCGAGCAGACGGCGGCCGACCGGGAGGAGCUGGAUGCCGCUAUCCAAUCAGGCACCAUCGCAAGCUUGGAGUCCAAGGUCGUCGAAGCGGAAACCAAGGCCGUGCUCACUGCAGACGAGCUCCGCUCUGCCCACGAGAUCUUGGAGAAGCUGAAGAGCGCUGACAAAGGAUUGGAGGAAGCCUUGGCCUCCUCGGAUCCGGGGGCGCUCCGAGGGGCCCUCGCGGAGGCCGAGGCGGCUGGCCUUCAGGGAGCUCGAAGGAUUGAAGCGGAAAUGAAGCUGAAGGAGCUGAAGGAAGUCAAGCCACAAGAGGUGCCUUCACCAGAUACUGAGAACGGUGCAAAGGCUCCGCCUCCGGAUGCCGAAGCUGUGGCGCUCCCGGGCGCGACGGGCCAGGAGGCGACGUGA